AUGAUCAGCUCACUAAGUACGCAGUCUCAAAAUUCUGUACACGUUCAAGAAUUUAUGGUGUUAUCUAAAGAGAAUGAUUUGUUUAAUUUACCCCUAGCUGCUUUGUGGACGGCUGUAUUAGGAGACUGGGAUAGAGACGUGGAAGAAAAGUCUGAAGAGAGGAUACCAGUUGAAGAAAUUAUUCUACAUGAAAGAUUUCACAAUUUUCAACAUGACAUAGCUUUGAUGCGUCUGUCACGACCAGUAAAGUUAGCAGGAGACAGCCGCAUAAGAGCUGUAUGUCUCCCGACUAAGAGAUUGUCUUACAACCAGACCGAUCUCUGUAUAGCAACAGGGUGGGGCCGAGACUCUGAGGAUGGAAUGCUUGCAGGAAAGCUACUAGAAGCUAAAAUUCCCGUGCACGAUAAUGCUAUCUGCAGGAAGAAGUAUGGACAUUCUGUGAAUAUUCGUUCUGGCCAUAUGUGUGCAGGACGUUUGGAUGGGUCUUCAGGAACAUGUGUGGUGGGGCAGCAUAACGAUCCAAGCCAAGUCAACUAA